CCGGUCGGAGGCAGCUGUGCGCUCGGGUGAAGCUGCUCCGCGGCCAGUGCCUGGCCAGGAGUUCGCUCCCCCCGCCCGCCCCUCCUGAAGUUGGGGCGCGCGCAGAGGCGGCUGCCUCCCGGGGGCUCUCCACCCCACCCAGCCCGUCUCUCCUCCUGGUCUCAGGGUCAAGGCGGGGAGAUGCCGGCCGCGCGGGACUGACCAGCGCUGUCCUCGGGCUCCUGGCGACUCUCCCUCCGCGUCCUCCCAGCAGCAGGCAGCGCCGGCUCCUCUCCUCCGAUGAGCCCUCCAGUUCCCUGACUCUGAGAGGCGCCUCUCCCCCGCCCGGCCGCCCAGAUGCAGUUUCGCCUCUUCUCCUUUGCCCUCAUCAUCCUGAACUGCAUGGAUUACAGCCACUGCCAGGGCAGCCGAUGGAGGCGCAGUAAGCGAGCUAGUUAUGUAUCAAAUCCCACUUGCAAGGGUUGCUUGUCUUGUUCAAAGGACAAUGGGUGCAGCCGAUGUCAACAGAAGUUGUUCUUCUUUCUUCGAAGAGAAGGCAUGCGCCAGUAUGGAGAGUGCCUGCAGUCCUGCCCAUCAGGCUACUAUGGACACCGAGCCCCAGAUAUGAACAGAUGUGCACGGUGCAGAAUAGAAAACUGUGAUUCUUGCUUCAGCAAAGACUUUUGUACCAAGUGCAAAGUAGGCUUUUAUUUGCAUAGAGGCCGUUGCUUUGAAGAGUGCCCAGAUGGUUUUGCACCAUUAGAUGAAACCAUGGAAUGUGUGGAAGGAUGUGAAGUUGGUCAUUGGAGUGAAUGGGGAACGUGUAGCAGAAAUAAUCGCACAUGUGGAUUUAAAUGGGGUCUGGAAACCAGAACACGGCAAAUUGUCAAAAAGCCAGCAAAAGAUACAAUACCAUGUCCAACCAUCGCCGAAUCCCGGAGAUGUAAGAUGGCCAUGAGGCACUGUCCCGGAGGGAAGAGAGGGCCCAAGGCGAAGGAGAAGAAGAACAAGAAGAAGAAGAGGAAGCUGACCGAAAGAGCCCAGGAGCAGCACAGUGUCUUCCUCGCUACGGACAGGGCAAACCAGUAAAAUCAGAGACACGUCGGGUGGAUUGUGGGGUUUUUUUGUUUGUUUUUUGCAAAAGUGCACAAAGCUACUCUCCACUCCCAGACACUGGUGCGCGGUGUUUGUGCUGCUCUGACCGGUAUCCGUUCCCAGUGACAUUGUGAAAGGAGGAGCCCCGAUGGCCUCUGUUAUUUAUGCUUUGAUUUGCAGCUGGAGACUGUGAAGGUGGGAGCUCGUGCCCUGAAUCGGAGCAAGGAGUGAGUGUACAGCACGGGCCUGGGCUCGGUGUGCACCACCACCAAGUGUGAGGCUGCAGACCCCCACUGGAGAACGGACUCGUGCAUAUUUAUGGGAAGGAAGAUGCUCAACAGGCAAAGUGCUAUUUCACUUGUGCCCUCUAUUUCUCACAUUGUGCACUGUCAAGGAAACAUGUAUGUGGAUAUCUGCUUAAUGUUACCACAUGUUCUCGGCAUCUGUUCCUUUCCAAGCUGUUGCGGGAUGGAACUGUUCUGAGCUGGGGAUAUGCUGCAGGAAUUCCUGCUCAGUUUCACAGCGGCUCUGAUAUGUACAUAUUCCGCUGGGGCUAUGCAUAAACCUCUUAUUUACUGUAUAUUUAUGCUCUCUUAUGUGUAACAAGUCAUGCCUGAUUAAUAGAUGUCACUUUGUUUUUUAGUGGUUCCUAACUGUUGUCCAGUAAAUGGCUGUUCUAGUUUUGAGAAUUGACAAAUGUUUUGUUGCCCCUUGAACCUUACCUUUUCUUUUCUUUGUGGGCUUAUUUCUCACUGUAAGGAUAGGAUAAGCUAGUUUGUACAUAGGGUCAAAUGAUCGGUGUCAAAGAAUGUGAGGAUCUCCUCACAAGAUAAAGCAGCAUCUGGCAGUCAGAAACGAGAAGUCCCUUUGAGUCUAAGAAGGGAUGACAUCAUGAAACACACCUGAAACACGAGGAAUUACAAGCAGCCAUUCCUAGUACUCGUCAUGCAACUUCACAGGCCAGCUAGAGAACCUUGCAAACUUCAGUAUGUGUCUAUGCAUCAUUUAAAGCAGCCCCUGACUUACAGUGACAGGGCACCUACCAGUAUUCUUGGGUCACUGUAGGAGUGACCCUCAUGAGACUAUGCUUUGGAUCUGAGGAGAAAACAAGAUAAAUUCCUACAACUGCAGGUCAGAUCUUAACAGGUCCCCAUGGAGCCAG